UACCGUUUUGCCAUCCGGUCCACCACAGCCACGACUCGUCUUCCUCGCAUCUGUCGCCGCCGGCGCGCGCCACACGCCACCGCGAUGGCCAUGGCCAUGUCCGCCUCUGCCCCAGCCGCCGCUUCCCUCCUGCCGCCCUUCCCCGCGCGGCCGCGGUCCGUGAGCUUCGCGGCGCUUCCUCCUUCUCGGGCGGCGGCGGGCCUGCGCCUCGGCCUCGUCGGCGCGCGCGCCGGGGCCCGGUCCGUGCGGUGCCUCGCGGCGGCGGCGGGGGGCGGAGGAGCGAUGAGGGAGACGCUGGACAAGGUGGUGGGGGCGCACAAGGUGGUGCUGUUCAUGAAGGGGACCAAGGACUUCCCGCAGUGCGGCUUCUCCCACACCGUGGUGCAGAUCCUGCGGUCGCUGGACGUGCCCUUCGAGACGCUCGACGUGCUCGCCAACGAGGCGCUCCGCCAGGGGCUCAAGGAGUACUCCAGCUGGCCCACCUUCCCGCAGCUCUACAUCGACGGCGAGUUCUUCGGUGGAUGCGACAUCACCGUUGAAGCAUACAAGAGUGGUGAACUGCAGGAAACACUAGAGAAAGCAAUGUGCUCUUAGUGAACGAUGGACCCCACGUCAUACAGUAAACCACAUAUCCCUUAUCGACACAAUCUUCAGCACAUUGGACAGAUAACUGGAGAUACAAUUUCCAAGCUGUAGACAAUUCAAAUUAUCAAGCAGUGAGAUCCCAAUGUACAUUGCACUUUUGCUAUGAUAAUUUUGGUGCAAACUGUGGUUAAUCAUACAAGCGUUGAUUCCAUGCUCUA